CUACUUAUAAAAUCAAUGAGGGUAACUAUCAGCUGUGACCGACAAUGAAUGUAUUAAAAAAAAAAUUUUAAUGAAUAUACCUCUAUAGGUCGGUACUGUUUACAAAUUCCAUGCAUAACCAUGCUACAAAACAUGAUUCAGGUUACAAUAGAAUAUUUUGUUUUAAGUAAAACAUCUUCAACAAUGUUGUUAUUGUUUUUGUUUUAAAAGAAAAUUGAGCUAGUUAACCCGUGAUUGUAUUUAAGUUAACUGGUGAAGAUGUGUUUUGUGUGUUUAAUUAAAAUAACUUCCAUAUGCAUAUAUUAUCAUCCCUUGUAAGUAAAAUAGAGUCAAUAUUUUGAUACCUAACUGUUUCAUGGGCAUUAAUCCAUUCAUUAUCAAUUACGGUGACAAAAAUGCCAACGAUUGUGAAUAUCAAACGAGUGUACCUACCUACUUGAAAAUUUCCGAGAUAAAAUCUUUUUGACCUCAUUCUCACCAUAAGUGAUAGUGAGAUCUAAAACGGAGCAUGUCGCCGCCUUAAGAGGUUAAAUAAGUCUUGACAGCCAAACAUUGAUGAAUAUUUAGAAGGCUCUAUUGCCGACACGUGCCACCCAAAAAACGGAUUUUCUUUAACAACAUAGAGUCAAUUCUAGUUUGCAAUAUCUAAAUCUUGUUAUGAUAUUGGAAUCAAAAUCUUGAACAACAUAAAAUACCUGAAUUUAUCCAACCCAAACUAAUCUCGGAUCCGUUAUAAUGAAACUAUGUAGUUUACUCGCCCCUCUAAUAUUCCUAAGAUUACGGAAUGAUACAGCGUCAAUUAUGGAACAAAUCAACCCUUACGUAAUUACCUAGAUUCAGUCUAGGGACCGGUUGAUUAAAACCUUUCGUGCGCUCAAAGGCUGCGGACCUAUUAAAGUUUAUCAGAAAAAUAAAAAUAGCAUCGACUAACUGCUUCCGUGGUGCAGCGCGCUCGCUCGGUUAACGAUUGCAGUGGUUAGUUUUAAAAAACCCUCCACACACCAUGUACCUAUGGUUUGCAAACACUAACAAGCCCAUUAAAGUAGCAAUUAAAGUUCAAAACACGAAAUGUUUGAAAACAACUUUCGGAACGUUUUCGCUGUGACCAUCCGGUGUUGACUGCCGCAUUUGUGCAACUCGGAGAAUCUCCAAAACAAACCCAAGAUUAGGCGACGUUCCUAGUGGACAGCAUGGGUCAGUCGGCCAAGAGCCCAAGCAGGCGCUCGUUUCCCGUUCGGUUCAGGUACCUAUUUCUCCUGGCUACCAUAUGCGGAGGCGCCUUCCUCCUCCUCACGAUCAACAACACCACAACGAUCCUUCUUCUCAACGAACAAACUCCCACGUCUUCCAUAGCUCGUCAUACUCUAGCAGAGGAGGAAGAAACUUUCACCAUAAAGACGCCCGGCUGUACCAUACCGGGCCUCAAACCCUUUGACGGAGCUGUCAAGAAAUUCAUUAAACAUCCUGAUAUUCCACAAUGUCGUUAUGCAAACACAUCCCUAUUAGACAAUAAUGAUACUCAUAUAUGGGUAAAGAAUGAAAAUCUACAAUACUACGACAUACCUAAAGAUCUCAACGUAACCUGUUGUUACAGAGCAUUUUACCGGCCGACAGCAAUUAGCGAUAUUACUUCGAUGGAUGUAGACGAUAGAGUACAAUAUGAAUUGUGUAUAGUUUUUGAUAGUUAUAUUGAAGUUGCAAAUGAAUUUGUAAAAGUCACUUGCGGAUAUGACAGUACAGCACUUUACACACAAUUUUUUAUAUUUGCGCCCAAAAAGCCCAUGAUGACAUUUAAUGAAGACACCUCAGACACUCCACGUAAUCGUUCAGGAGCAUACUACAACGUUGUGGUCAUGGGCAUCGAUGCAAUAUCUAGGUUGAAUUUUUAUAGAACCAUGCCGAAAACUUUGUCAUUUUUAAAAUCUAAAGGUGCUAUAGAAUUACUUGGCUACAACAAAGUUGGCGACAACACAUUCCCUAAUCUAACUCCUAUGCUAAUGGGAGUCAAAGAUACUGAUUUGAAAAGAAUUUGCUGGCCACAUAUCAGAUCAAGUUUUGACAACUGCCCGUUCGUUUGGGAGUUGUUCAAGGACGCCGGAUAUUACACUGCCCUGGGUGAAGAUAGCGCCAAGCUAGGGACAUUUAAUUUUGGAAAAGUUGGCUUCUUUGGCACUCCCACCGAUUAUUACACCCGUACCUUUAUGCAUGAAGCUGAAAUUCACGUAGGCAAUAAAAAAGAUUACAACACCUACAUUUGUAUGGGAAACAAAUAUUUUUAUCAAGUUCUUUUGGACUAUGUACAAGCAUUGACAAGAACACUAAAGUCUUCCAAAUUAUUUGGAUUUUUUUGGGAAGUUACGUUAAGCCAUGAUUAUUUAAACUAUCCUAUGGUAAUGGAUGAUAGUUACGAAAAAUUUUUUAAGAGUCUGGAUGAAUCUCAGUAUUUAGAUAACACAAUAUUCAUACUUUUGAGUGAUCAUGGUAUUCGAUGGGGUGACAUCCGCUAUACUAAACAGGGUCGUUUGGAAGAACGACUACCGUUCGUCCAUAUUUUAUUGCCUCCUUCAUUUAGAGAGAUGUAUGGACUCGCGUACAACAAUUUAUUACAAAACAGCCGCCGACUCACCACGCCUUUUGAUAUGCACGCUACACUAAAGGAUUUAUUGUAUACGGAUGAUCUAAAUGACGACAAAAUAGAAUAUCGUAGUAGAACUAAAUACAGCCAUGCCAAGAGUAUUAGUUUAUUCCUGCCAAUACCGACCAACCGGACCUGCCAAAUAGCAGGAAUAGAUGAUCACUGGUGCACCUGCCAUAAAAUCACGAAGAUGCUAACAAAAAGCCGUGAAGCUCAGGAAGCAGCUGAUUAUUUGGUAAAACAUUUGAAUAUGUUGGUGCGGGAUCAGCCUCAGUGUGCGUAUCUGACGCUAGUGGACGUCUUGGAAGCGACAGAGUUGGUGGUGGGAGAGCCUCGGGAGAACGAGAAGGGUUGGCGCGAGGUGAUGGUGGUGGUAAGGACGAUGCCGGGCGCUGGUGUGUUCGAGGCCACGCUUCGCCACGAGGAGGACGCGUGGUCACUCGCAGGCACCGUCAGCCGCCUCAACCUUUAUGGAGACCAGAGUCACUGCGUCAAACAUUACCAAUUAAAGCUUUAUUGUUAUUGCCAUUAAACAGAUACAUAAUCAAAGUGCUUGUUUACUCGAUUUUUCCUGAAUACCUUAUCACAUAUUGAUAUAGACAAGCUCUAUUUUUCCGUAACGUACAUUCUAAUGAGAUCGAGUAAACAACACAAUGAUCAAUUCAAACUACUGUGAUAUUACGAUUAUUAGAUCAAGACUUAGUAGUUAAUUGUUAUUAUGUAGUAUAAGUAGAGGUAUAUUUUUGUGUUUAAAAUAAUUGUAUACUUAUCACUACAACAGGCAUAGAUAACUGAGUAGCUACCUACCUGUAUGUGAAGCGGACGCAAGCGGACGUAACAGAGCUGUCACUAUUUUAUCUGAAACAAAUCUGAAGUCUUGCUGGCGUUUGACGUCAAAAAUCCUCUAACCGCUACUCUACACUACCCGAGAACUUAGAACCGCUAUGCCUGUAAUAAUGCAUUACUGUCGUCGCUAUUUUAUUUGAUUUUAUUCAAAUUUAGCAAAUCUUAUUAUGUAGGUAAGUUUCUUUUACAUUUGUAAUUACAACGAAUAUUACAAUAAUUGAAGAUUUACACUGCAGUGUCAUAUCAUCAUGAUUUUUAAGCAAAUCUAAUAAACUGAGAAGAAGACCUAAAAGAUAUUAAAUUAUACUAAAGGUAGAUGAUUAUUCGUCCAUUCUUUUAGAGACUUGUAUAAGUUGUGUUGUGGUGUAAUGUAGGCUAAGUAAUAACGGAAUUAUUAGAUAAAUUGUACAUAAUAUUAUACAUAUUAUUUUGUGAUGUGUUACUGUUAGUACGAUUUAAGAUUAGAUGUUAAGAUUAAAUAAUAACUGUUAGUAACUAGUAAAGAAACAUUUGUAUCAUAGACAAGUUGUGCCAAGAAAUAAAAAAUAUAAUUUUAUUAGACAA